AUGGACUAUGCCCUUUGUGAGGCUGCCCAGCACAACAUGGAAGGCAUCACGAGGGCGGUCACCUUCUAUGAUAUCAACUGUCAAUACAACAAGCACUUUCGGGACAGCUGCUAUGUCCGAUAUGCGUCGAAUUUUAUUGAAGGCAUCGGUCGGAUCGAUGGAGAGAUCAUGGAGACCCUAUGGUCAUGUCUCAACCUGAUUUCCCCUGCUGCUCGGGGAAUGUCAUCCCCACAUCAAAAGGAAUGUCUCGAUUAUCAGAUGAACGAUUCCAAUUUCUGCAAGAUGAUCCGCAUGAAAAGGACCCUUUGCUGUAAAUACAAGCAGGCGAAGAAUGGCAUCGCCGAAAGUGAAAAGGCUUUCGACAGACUCGAUGAAGCAGCACCCGGCGAUUCAAAGACGGAAUGGUUAGCCAGCGAGAGGAUCGCUCAGUCCAGCAGAAUAAAUGAUCCUGCGGCUAUGGAUGUAUAUGAGAUUAAUAUCAAGAAGGCACCGAGCAAAAAGGAGAUCGAGCUUAGACUACUAGAGGAGGGUAAUGCCCGAAAUGCAGCACCUGCUCGCAGAUCUGUGGUGACAUGGAUAUCAAUUGGGUUGGCGAUUGAAGAGGCUCAAAUCGCAUUGCUCAUUGAGAGGUUAGACAUAGCCCGGCAACGCGAUCGUCUCCAAGGCCAGAUAGAUGGAUUCACUCGGUCUGCUAUUACUCAUCUCAGAGAGGGAUUUGAUGCAGAUGACGAUCCUGAUGACUUGAACGUAGACAUUCUCGAUGAUCUCGAUGAUGACUUGGCAGACUUCACCGAGACAUCUGACACAUGGGUGAACUCCCCCGAGCUCACUGUCAUCCCAUUGCCAUCAAACCUCGGAGUAGAUCGAUGCAGACGCUGCAUGGCAGAGGAUCUCAUUACGCUGGAGAUGUCUCUUCGUGAAGGGCAGGCCAAUGACUCCCUUCACAACCUCCGAAUUCACUUGUGCAACAAGGCAAUUCUGUUCCGAACAACAGUUAGGCAAGCCAAAUCGCAGGCCCUGAAAACUCGAGCUUGGUCCCAGGUGACGUCCAUGCAGCAGGCAGUACUGAGGAAGCAAAUGAUGCAACUUGAGCCGGGGGAAGACCAGCUUCAGAAAUACAAACCCCUGCUUCGGGAGCAGCUCAAAAUCAGCACUGCCGUCGGCGAUCCAAAUGCCCGAGGUCAGCGAAACGAGUCCCUCGCUUGGUUCUGGUCAGUCAAAGUCGACCUGGAGGGUCCUGAUCACUCGUGGAAUGAGGAAUCUGACGGACCCAUCCGAAGUUUACCGAGUGCAUUGGCUUCAGGCAAAGGCCCUACAGGAUUGAUGGAAGGAAGAAAUGAUAUUGGUCCAAUUGGAGAUGGAUUGGACAUGAUGCGCGAAUCAUUGGAGAAAAACCUUCCGGGUCAUGCAUGCUACUCGGGAAGGCAAUCCCAAAUGUAUUCAUUGCUGGCACAGGAUGCCCAGGCAGCAUUUCAAGACCAGAAGAGCGGGUUUAUAGAGGCUCACGAUGAAUGA